AUCGGGAAAGAAUGAAGACCGUGGUGUUUUUUACCGUGUUGGCCUUGUUCUGGCAGCAGUGUCCAGUCAGCAGCCAUGUACUGGGAAGGUCCUCUUUGACCAGUAAUUUGGACCAGAUUAAGUCUCUGCUGGAGCGCUUUGAGGAGACUCUGGUUGAAGAAGCUCAGAAGGAGGACAUGGAUGGUGAUUAUCAAGAGACGAUCCCAGAGCCUGAACGGGCCCAGACCAGUCGGGGCUGGAGUCUGGACUUGGAUGGGGAUCGUGAGAAUCAGAUAUCAGAAGGAGCCCAACCUUCAGCCGUGGGUCAAAGCAGGACUGUGAGCCAGAGGAACAGACUGAAAGACCUACUGUUGGCCCUCGGGAAGCGGAGCUCCAGUUGUUUUGGAGGCAGAAUGGAUCGAAUAGGAAACUUUAGUGGCCUGGGAUGUAAUGGUGCAAGAGGGUAGCUUGAUGGAAUCUUGGCCCAAACGUUGGAUUUUCUCUGAGUCUGAAGAUCCACCUGAUGAACAUCCAUUAAUCUGUGAUUCUGUUCUGGUGAAAACUAUUUUUGUGUAUGUAAAUAUGUGUGUCUCACCAUUUGAAGUGUUAAGUAUCUGUCAGCCAUGUCCACAAAUGUGUCUUUUAUAUGAGUCGAAAGAAAGGAAUAUAAAGAUAAAUACAAACACAGUCUGUAUCUUUAUUUG